AUGACAAAAAAACUUACCCCCGAGGACUAUCGCCUCGCCUGGAUUUGUCCACUUGGGGUGGAGCAGACCACGGCGCUGAAGAUGCUCGACAACGUCCAUCAGCCUUUAGACCUACAGCCUACGCUCGAUCAGAACGUGUACACUCUUGGUGAUAUUGCAGGGCAUAACGUCAUUGUCACUGGCUUGGCCUCCCCCGGCAAUAUCCCGACAGUGAGGACGGUGUCCUGGAUGAAAAUGACCUUCCCAAAUCUGUCCUUUGGCCUUGUCGUUGGUAUUGGUGGAGGAGUGCCGAGAAUGACAGAUGCUGGCAUGAUUCGUCUGGGUGACAUUGUCGUUAGCAAGCCCACCGACCAGUACCCGGGCGUUGUACAAUACGGCCAUGGCAAACAGGAAAGGGACUACUUCAAACCCACCGGGGCCCUUCCUCCUCCGCCGCCCCUAGUCAAUAAAGCACAAAUCGAGACAGAAAACGACGAUGGCUAUGUGACGAUUCAUCGCGGCACCAUUGCAUCCGGCGACGUGGUGGUGAAGGACGCUUUGACAAGAGAUCAGCUGGCCGGCAAAUUUGGUGCUUACUGUUUUGAGACUGAGGCUGCUGGUGCUCUUGCGGAGCUGGGUUGUAUUGUCAUCCGAGGGAUUUCCGACUACUGUGACUCUCAUAAGAACAACAAAUGGCACGGUUAUGCCGCUGCAACUGCAGCUGCGUAUGCCCGAGAGAUAUUCUUCAAUAUGCCGACAUACGAAGUAACUAGGUGCGGCCAUUCAGAAAAUGGAAAUCAUCAAAUUAGCCAGGAAAUAGCGACCUGGCUAAGUCCUGCUGAUUACGGUCUGCAGCAACGAUACCUCAAAGACUCUGUCCAGGACGGAGGAGACUCGUUUCUUAGCUGCAGCGAGAUGAGGGAAUGGGUAAACCAACCAAAACGAACCCUGCAUUUCUCUGGUAAUCCAGGAGUGGGCAAAUCAACAACAAUGUCCACUGUUAUUCAUCAUCUUCAGGCUCAGUUCGCAGACGAUCCACAAGUGGGUCUUGCGUUCGUCUACUGCGGUUAUGAACGGCAGUGGGAGUCGAGGUCUCUUCACCUAUUGCUAAACCUACUGAAGCAGCUGGUUGCAAAGCAUGAUCAUGUUCCGGAGAAUGUGAAAAGGCUCUAUCAAUCUCGCAAGUGUAGUGGGAUUACCCCAGCAUAUAGCGAAGUGUUUCAACUGCUAUCUGCAGUUGUGGCUGAAUAUGUGAGAAUUUUUAUUAUCAUCGAUGGAUUGGAAGAAAGCGACCUGUCCGAGAGUGAUCAGCACAGGUUUCUGAAGACUCUUUUCAGUCUACAGGCAGGCGCGGACGUCAACAUAUUGAUCACAGGGCACCUGGAUUGGCAAAUUGAGAACAUCCCCGACAGCGUUCUAUCCGUUGACAUCCAUUGCGCGGAUGAUGCCAUUGAGGGCUAUUUCGACAAGAACCGAUCAAAACUUCCAUCUCCUGUAAGAGAUGAUACUUCGUUACAACAGCACAUCAAGUCUACAAUGAUACAGGUUGCUGGCGGUCAGUUCUUAAUGGCAUACCUCUACAUGAAAUUUUUAUGCAAGGCGACAUCUUCGAACAUUGUGCAAGAUCAGUCGGACAUCACUGCCUGGCGGACUCUAAGAUAUGACCAUGCCUAUGAAAUGAUCUUCAAGCCCUCAAGGCAGAAAAGAAAAACAAUAUCGGAUGUGGUGUUUCGGUGGCUCACAUAUGCCAGGUCGCCUCUCCACCUGGAAGACCUCGUGUUUAUGUUGCCCAUAUAUGGCAAAAACCCUCAGAGCCUGAAGGGCCUGAAUGCUCUCCUGUAUAUGUCGACUUCCAAGGAUUUCGAACGAUUCAACCUCUGUUCUUUGGUUGACCCGAACCGUGUAAUAUCAUCAUGCGGCGGACUGGUCAAAGUCGAUGCAGAGCGCAAGAUCGUGGACUUCAUCCAUGCGACAACACGGGCUUACUUUGUCCAGAACAGGUUACGUUUGUUUCCAGACGGCGAAGACAAGGUGGCCAGCAUCUGUGCCAAGUAUAUCUCUUGGUACAUUUCGAUACCAAAGAAUGUUUCUACACGACGAUUCAACAAUAAUCUCUUGAGUUAUGCCACACAGUACUGGGGUUAUCACGUGGUUCGCUCAGCAAGUGAUGGAGGAGAGAGCAUCCUUAGCCUCCUUGAGGACGAAAACGCGGUGCUUGAGUUUGGUCGGGCAAUCGUCUCAUCCGGCGAGUAUCCGGAACGUCGCCAAGCGACAACAACUGGAAUAACAAAGUUCCAUCUUGCGGCAUACUUCGGUAUGGUGGUGAUAAUGGAAGUCUUGCUUCAGAAGCUGGGCCCUAUCCGAAGAUCCUGGUUUUCAAGCUCACCGCUGGAUACGCGAGACGCGUUUGGAAGAACACCACUGUCUUUCGCUGCUGAGAAGGGACACUCAAAGAUAGUGGGCAUGCUUUUGGAAAAAGGCGCACAUGUGGAAGGUCAAGAUUCCAACGGUCGAACCCCGCUAACAUGGGCCGCUCGAGGGGGACAUAUUGAAGUAGUUGAGCAGCUUCUUGCAAAGGGAGCAUAUAUUCACUCACAAGACCGAGCUGGUCGGAGUCCGCUGUCAUGGGCGGCCGCACAUGGACAUCAAGAAGUGGUGAAACAUCUCUUGGCUCAGGGCGCUGUUUUGGAACUUUUGAAGGAACUGCCCGCUAAAGGAUUCUUUGCAUCUCUGAAGUGGAUCUUCCAACCCAAAGCUCAUCAAGAUGUUGUCGAUGAAACAAUGAGCAGCGCACCAUUAAUAAGGGCUUCAUGCAACGGCUACCUACCGGUGAUGGAGAUGUUAAUUGAAGCUGGCGCUCAUCCAGACGAGAAAGAUCGCGAGGGUCGGACGGCGCUCUCAUGGGCUGCUGGAAAUGGUCAUGCAGCUGCAGUGCAAUGGCUGCUUCUCAAAAAUGCUCAAGUGGAGGUAGCAGACAAGAAUGAGAGGACAGCCUUGUGGUGGGCUUCGUUAAAUGGACACUAUGCCAUUGUUCGGGCAUUGUUGCGCGAAGGGGCAUCUUUAGAAACAAAAGAUAAGGACGGUGCCACAGCUGUGUUGCUGGCUGCUGCAAACGGUCAAAAGGCAAUAGUUCAGUUACUAUCUGAAAAUGGUGCCGACCUGAAGAUUAGGAACAAGGAUGGUAUGACAGCUCUUUUACAUGCCUCCGCCAACGGACAUCGAGCUACUGUACAGUGGCUGCUGUCCACAAACAGCAUACACUUGGAGGACACUGAUCGCAAUGGCCAAACUGCAUUAUCAUGGGCUGUGAGGAAUGGGUCCCUGUCCAUGGUCCAGUUCCUUCUCUUGCAGGGCGCCUCUUUAGCAAGAAAGGACAAGGAGGGCCGAAACGCGCUGUCAUGGGCUGCUGGCAAUGGUCACAGAGAAAUUGUGCAGCAUCUCCUGCCAAAAGUGACGGACACCCUGCUGAAGGAGAGGGAUACGGAGGGUCAAACAUCUUUGAUUAAAGCCGCUCAAAAUGGGCAUGCAGACAUCGUACGACUCUUCCUUGAAAGGUGCACAGUUGCACUUCUCGAAAGCCAAGACAAGACUGGUAUGACCGCCCUUUCGUGGGCUUGCAAGAAUGGCCACGAGGCGGCAGCCAAAGAGAUCCUUGCCAGCGGCAUGACAAAUAUUUUAGAAAUCAAAAACCAGGCAGGUCAGACACCAUUAAUACUGGCAGCUGGCCAUGGACAUGAGGCACUAGUGCAACUUCUACUGCGGAACACAACGGCUAUUGAGGCUAGGGACCAUAGUGGGAGCACAGCUCUGUCAAAAGCUGCUGCGGCUGGGUCUUGCAACGUGGUCCAGUUGCUCCUCACUCAUGGUGCGCGGAUAAACUCUCGAUCUGCAAAUGGUCGGACACCAUUGAUGCUAACCGUGAGCAAUGGACAUCACAAGGCGGCACAGAUUCCUCUAGGAUCUGGUGCGAAAAUUGACGCGAAAGACAAUAUUGGCCAAACAUCUCUUUUUAUGGCAGUGAAGAACAAUGAUCGUGAAAUGGUAAAACUACUCCUUGGUGGGGGUGCUGCCGUCGAGAUAGUGGAUAGCAGAGGGGGUAGCCCAAUGUCGCUGGCUGAAAACCUUGGGAAAAAGGGAGAGAAGCUCCGACAAGUCCCUGAAGGAUGGGCUACCGACUAUGGCUUUAUGUCAUAUUUCAUCAAAGGAGAAUGGGCGAAGAUUACAAAGCGCUGUGGCCUUAGAAAUCCUGUGGCCAUCAUGUGCACCACCCCAGAUUCAGGGGAACACUAUGGUUUGAUAUCAGCUGGGGGGCGGUACUACUUCACAGAUGAUAUAGCCUGGUCUAUUCUCGAGAUCGUCAAGCUAACGACUCUGGAUGAGAUUUUGAAGAGGAUAUUUGAUGAUAGGGAGAAAUCAAUUAAGAGUUUUGAGACAAAGGUUCUGGAGGAAGUGGAGACAAGGGAGGAUCUAGAGGAGGAGAAGGAGAAACAGGAGGCAGACAUUGCGUUGAUGGAGCAGAUGAAGGCGGCACUGGGGUUCAUGAACUGGAAUGCGAUGGAAUCGGACUAG